CUUUUAGCUGUAUUUGUUUAUUAAUUGCUGUAUUUUUUUGCAGUAACACGAUUGAAGGCUGAUAAUCCUCUCUUUGGCUCAUCAACAUAUGAAUAUGCCCUCAUUGAGCAGUGGAUUGAUUUUGCAUCCCUAGAGAUCGAUGCACAUAUUGCCCGUUGGUUAUAUCCAAGACUUGGCUAUUUUGUACAUCUUCCCCCAGCUGAAGAAGGUGCCAUUGCUGCACUGAAGAGGUCAUUGGAAGCAUUGAGCAAACAUCUUGCUUCCAACACUUAUCUGGUUGGAGACAGUGUUACAUUGGCUGAUAUCAUUAUGGCCGUCAAUUGUUUUAUGGAUUUCCAAAUCAUGACCAAGAGCUUUACCUCUGAAUUCCCUCAUGUCGAAAGAUAUGUCUGGACCAUGGUUAAUCAACCAAAUUUCAAGAAGGUGUUAGGUGAAAUUAAACAAGCAGAGUCUGUCCCAGCUGUAGCAAAGAAGCCUUCACAGCCUACCAAGCCUAAGGCUAAGGAGGAGCCGAAGAAGGAGGCCAAGAAAGAGGCACCCAAGCCUCAAGUAGAGGCACUUGCAGAGGAGGAAGAAGCACCCAAGCCAAAGGCAAAGAAUCCUCUUGAUCUUCUACCCCCUAGUAAGAUGGUUUUGGAUGAGUGGAAGAGGCUAUACUCCAACACUAAAACCAAUUUCCGUGAAGUUGCAAUCAAAGGAUUCUGGGAUAUGUAUGACCCAGAAGGCUACUCACUAUGGUUCUGUGACUACAAGUACAAUGAGGAGAACACUGUCUCAUUCGUUACCAUGAACAAGGUAGGUGGAUUCUUGCAAAGAAUGGAUCUUGCACGUAAGUAUGCAUUUGGCAAGAUGCUGGUGAUUGGAUCAGAGCCCCCAUUCAAGGUCAAGGGUUUAUGGCUCUUCCGUGGACCAGAGAUCCCUCAAUUUGUGCUGGAUGAGUGCUACGACAUGGAACUCUACGAGUGGACCAAGGUGGACAUCAGUGAUGAGGCUCAGAAGGAACGUGUUAGUCAAAUGAUAGAAGAUUUCGAGCCUUUUGAGGGAGAAGCUCUACUGGACGCCAAAUGCUUCAAGUGAUUUAGUGGUGCUGUUCAAUGCCGGGAGAGGUCAUGUAGUUUGGUCGUCCUCUGGUUUAUGCUUUUGUCAUAUUUAUUGCUUCCUCCCCUAUAUAACUUCUGUGUUAGUGUCUUGUCUUUAUUGACCUAUUUUCUAGUUCCUAUUUUUUUUUUUUUUAUGUUUUCGGACCUUUUUUUUGCGGGAUCUAAGUCAGCUAGUGACAACAAUAUGCUAAGUUCAUUACGAGCUUGCAACGAGUAGAUCUUGAGUUGAAAAAAAUUAAUGUUUGUGUGGUUUUGUAGUUUAAAUGAUGUUUUAAACAGAUUAAUUCAACAAUAGCACUGUGAAUGGUUGGUUAAUCGGGCGAGCCGAUUUUGUGCUCAGGAAUAAUCUAUAGUUAAAUUGUUUUGUAGUGGCA